AUGGACCGUAACAUACCACCCCUCUUCGCAGCCACAUGCCCUCAUGUGGCAGGCUUUGCGCUAGGCAAAGAGAGAAAGUUCCUAGCCCCAGACGAGCACCGACGUCACCUCCAUCAGUCACGUGGUGCUAGGAGCGGUGCUGAAACUGAUAAGGUAGCUGAUUAUGUUGUCUGUUUGGUAGAACUAGUUUUGUGGUUGGGAGGGCGGCGGCCACGGCUUUUGGAGUUGGUUUCGGAGGUGACGGUGGCUGGUGGUCUCGGAGGUAGUGGUGGUGGUCUCGGAGGUGGUGGUGGUGGUCUUGGAGAUGGUGGUGGUGGUCUUGGAGAUGGUGGUGGUAGAGUGGUUGGGAGGGCGGCAACCACGGGCUGGUUGGUUGGUUGGGUUAGACAAGGUGGUGUAUUAGGUAAACUGGGAAAGGGAAUACAAAAUCUUUGGGGGGGUGGGGAAUCAAUGUAG